AUGGCGGCGACAAUGCUCAAUGCAUUGUUGCAGCAGCCCGAAUCGGCCUGGCAGCUGCCCUCUGGUGUACUGUCUGCUUUGGCCGACGAUCGGGCAGCCGGCGAUGCUUUGGCGGCCUCCGUAACGGCCCGCUACCUCAAGGCCCAAGGCACUGUGCUUUUGGCUGAUCUUCGGCAGCCAAGCACGUUCUAUCAGACCGUACUGCGGCGCAUGGGUGUCGUGCAAAGCCGACUUGAGGCCCAGCUUCAUCAAUUUCCAGUCACUAACACCGACCUGACGCAAUGGUUUACCCAGCUUGAGGCGCGCGCAGCCGAGCUAGCAUCGCAGGAUUCACCCUUGCUCAUCAUCUUGAGCAACCUGGACGUGCUAGCCUUGCUCAUACCAUCUGCGCACCUCGGGGCUGGCCUCAUCCGCUUCCAAGCACUAGCUCGCCAGCACCCGCAGAUCACACUCCUCACAACGGCUUGCGUCGCCGUUGUCGACGAGGGCCUGGAGCAUGAGCAUGAUGUUGCUCAGCUACUCAAGACGCUGUCUGCAUCAGCCGACCGUCGCAUCGAGUUUGCACGGCUGACAGGCGGUGAAACGCCUGAUGUGAAGGGCUCGGCUCGAGUGUUCAACGAGCCCCACGAGUGGACGGACGCUCUCUACAACGUCACGGAUGCUGGUAUUAGCUUCCGCCCCUUUGGGCUCGUGGCGGGCCAUGUGUAG